CUAUUAUUAUUUUGAGCUGUAAACUCCUAAGCUGCAAAAUAGAUAGCUAAGGGGAAAAAAGAGAACAGAGAAGCUAUGACCUUCAGUUUUAAAGAUGAGAAUACUGGCACUUCAAGGAAGCAAUUUACCCAGGGUCACAUAGCUGGGAAAUGAUGGAGGUGUUUGUAAAAUCCAGAUCUUCUGUCUCGGUGCAUUCUUCUUUUUGUUACACCAACAAGCAAAAGCUAAAUGAACGGUUCAGAAAAGAAAAGGGUUUAUUUACUUAAUGUGUUACUGAUUUUUUGAAAACAUUAAUGAUUGUUUUCAAAGGAAAACUGUUAUAUGAGAAAUUCCCAUGAGUUACUACUUUUAAAAAAUUAUGUAUAAAAUGAAGAAAAUUAAGUGACAUCUUGUCUUGUACACAGCAGCAUGCUUCUGAUUCAGCCCCUCCACUUAGCUGUAAAAUUACAUUAAUCAGAACUGCCUGGCAUCUUCCUGAGCAAGACUUUCAAUUGGGCCCAGUAUGCUUCACUUCAUCCAGAAGUUUUCUCAAGCAUCUUCAAAGAUGCUGAAGCACUCUUUCACACUCAGACUAGGAGCCAGCAGGAGAAUGGAUACAUUUUCUCUCAGGAUGUGUCUCCAGCAGAACUUUUCCCCCUUGUUUCCAAGGACUUGGCUUUUCUCAUCAUUUCCAGUGUGUAUGAGCAAGACACAAUACUAUCAUACUUCCCCAUGCAGCUUUAAGAAACAGCAGAAGCAAGCAGUAGUUCCAGCCAGGUCACCAAGCACCAUCACUUACCUGCCUGACAGCCCAAAGCCUGCAUUAUGUAUAACCCUGGCAGGACUAAUCCCCUUCGUUGCUCCACCACUGGUCAUGGUGAUGACAAAGACUUAUAUCCCCAUAUUAGCUCUUACUCAGAUGGCUUAUGGAGCCAGUUUCCUAUCUUUCUUGGGAGGGGUCAGGUGGGGUUUUGCUCUGCCAGAAGGUAGUCCAGCCAAACCAGACUUCCUCAAUUUAGCUAACAGUACAGCUCCUGUUUUGUUUUCAUGGUUUGCCUUCCUUAUUUCGGAAAGACUCAGUGAAGCUAUAGUCACAGUAAUAAUAGGUUUGGGGAUAGCAUUACAUAGUGAACUUUUUCUCUUGCCUCAUUAUCCCAAUUGGUUCAAAGCCCUGAGGAUAGUAGUCACUUUAGUGGCUUUUUUGUCAUUUGUAAUCACUUUAGUAGUUAAAGAUAUUUAUCCGGAGAAAGGACCCAAGAGACCAGGUCAAGUAAAAUAAACAUAAAACUACUCUGAGGAUGACGUUAGCAUGCUGGCACAAGCCUUGUAAGGUUGUG